CUACACCUCAGCCCACCCGCCACCCCCUCUCUGAUAUCACCGAUAUCCAUUCCUUCUAUCUCACACCUGUAGAGAUUUUAUACCAGCUUCCAUGGAUACGCCGUCAGCCUCUACAUGGCCAAAUAGAUAAACAGAUCUCACCGACUAUUGAAUCUCGUUCGUCGAUCUUCAACAGAAAGAUGCAAAGUACCGAAGAUCUUCCAUCCGCUCAGUAGCGGAAUCUCCAGAGUAACAAUUGAAGUUGACUAAAUGGCCGACUAUACUAAAGAAGCAGAUUCCCAGGAUCCUACUCUCAAGGGAAACAUACUCCCAGAAAAUGAAAAUGAAAUAUCAGUCGACUCUUUAUCCCGAAAGGUCCAAGAAUCGCUCUCUCUUGCUAAAAGACAUAAGUUCUGGGAAACCCAACCCGUGGGCCAGUUCAAGGACCUUGCUGAUACAAGCCUGAAUGAUGGUCCAAUUGAGCCUCCAACUCCACUGUCCGAGGUAAAACAAGAGCCUUACAAUCUUCCUGCUCAGUAUGAGUGGAUUACUUGUGACAUGGACUCUGAAGAUAUGUGCAUGGAGGUUUACAAUCUCCUCACACAUAAUUACGUAGAGGAUGAUGAAAACAUGUUCAGGUUCAACUAUUCCAAGGAGUUUCUUGGGUGGGCUCUUCGUCCUCCGGGCUAUUACAGAAGUUGGCACAUAGGGGUGCGGGCCAAGAGUUCAAAAAAGCUGGUCGCUUUUAUCACCGGGAUACCUGCAAAGAUACGCGUCCAUGACUCCAUCGUGAACAUGGCGGAGGUCAAUUUUCUAUGUGUUCAUAAGAAGCUAAGAUCGAAACGUCUUGCUCCUGUCAUGAUCAAAGAAGUCACAAGGAGAGUUCACCUGGAGAAUGUAUGGCAAGCAGCUUAUACAGCUGGAGUAGUCCUUCCCACACCCAUAACGACAUGCCAAUAUUGGCAUAGGUCAUUGAAUCCUAAGAAACUUAUCGAUGUUGGGUUUUCAAGACUUGGCGCUAGGAUGACAAUGAGCCGGACUAUAAAGCUGUACAAGUUACCUGACCAGACAUCCACCCGCGGGUUCAGGAAAAUGGAGCCACAUGAUGUUCCUGCUGUAACCCGUCUGCUAAGACACUACUUGAAUCAGUUUGUCGUUGCGCCCGAAUUUGAUGAAAAUGAUGUCGAGCAUUGGCUUCUUCCAAAGGAUGGUGUCGUUGAUAGCUAUCUUGUUGAGAGCCCAGAGACACAUGAAAUAACUGAUUUCUGUAGCUUUUAUACUCUACCUUCAUCGAUACUUGGGAGUCAGAAUUACUCCACCCUAAAGGCUGCUUAUUCUUAUUACAACGUGUCGACAAAGACACCGUUGGUUCAGUUGAUCAAUGAUGCUCUUAUUGUGGCAAAGCAAAAGGAUUUUGAUGUUUUUAAUUCUUUGGACGUUAUGCACAAUGAAAGCUUCUUGAAGGAACUGAAGUUUGGUCCUGGCGACGGAAAACUUCACUACUAUCUGUACAACUACCGGGUAAGGCACGUUUUGAGGCCAUCGGAACUCGGGCUUGUGCUCUUGUAGUUUGCUAAACAACUUGGAUCUGCCAGAGCCCGAGGUUGUUUUUUGGUAAGUCUGCUCAUUUGUAUGCUUUUUUAAAAGACAGCAUUAUUUAUCCUUUUUAUAUUUGGGGUUUUUGAGUGAGGUCGGCUGUCGAUGGAUAGACAAACUUUGCAACAUAACUUUUGUGACUGAUAUUAUUGCUCGACUAUUGGCAAUUUCCAUGAGAUUCAUCAUGCUACUUGUCUAAUGCACAUUAUUGAGGUUGUCAAACAAUUGUACCUUAACCACCUUUCUGUCCAAUUGUUGUCUCAACAUCAUUAUGGUAUCUGUUUUUAUUGCCCCCAUCCCUAACAGUUAGCUGUGUGCUAACUGCUUGUUUUGGUUCAAGAGAGAACAAGUGGUGUUCUUUAUCUCGUUAAACAUGAUGACAUCGAAUCAUUUGUGAAGCCCAAUGUAGCUAGAAAGUAAUGAAUACUUUACAGACUCGAGUAACUUACAGCUGUAAUCUGGACUUUUUUUUUACAUUUACAACAGUAUGUUAAUUGCAUGAUUUUGACAUGGUUAGUGCAGCUAUACUACUUUAUCUUUUGAAGUUGGUGACAUUAAUGAUUAAUCUUAAAAUUGAUUUUUUUUAAAUAAAAAUAUACUUUAAGUAAUUUUUGCUUGUAAGCCGAAUACUACCCUAUAUAUUCAUAGAGAGGGAUAGAGACCAGGUGUGUAUAAUACAUGAUGCACUAGGAGAGCAUUAAGCCUAGUUUUGACAUGUAGAAUGUUGUCCAAAAGUCUUUGUUGUUAUCAUAGAUGGACUGGUCCAUUACCAUUAGAUUGUCAAAACUCGUGAUAAUAACAGAAAUAGAAUUAGAGAUUAAAAAUCUACACAUUGACAACAUAAAGCAACAAAAACAGCAAGUAAAAUUAUACUCAGGUGUAAAGACAAUUCAAAAAAGGAUUGUUAAUGAGUCAGUGUGAAGAAUUCUUGAAUGACUUGUUUUUCCUUGGAAGAUCUAUUUAUAAUGUGUAACAAUCAAGACACUUCUACUUCUUGAAUGAAAACAUGCUGCUUUUCAUUUUUCCAUUACCGGGUUCAUUGGUUUAUCCUAGGUUCCUUCUAUUGUAGUCGCUGCAUUGAAAAUACAUAAUAGUCUUGUUUCCAUGUAGAGUCUGUUUACUGUUAUUAAGUUUUCUAGAUAUCCAUUUCUUUAGUUUUAGUUUUCUAUUAAAAACAUGGUUUCAUGCAAGGAAUGGACCCGAGUUUUGUUCAAAGAGCUAAAAACCAAAUUGGACCCCUGUAACGGUAAAAUGAUCCAAAGAGGUUAUGAGCAAGACUGACCCAAACUCCAAAGAGCUCUCUAAAAAUUUAAAACCUUUCCAGGAGUUCCUUUUAUUUUUGUAUUCAGACGUUCGGUGAAUGAGUAAACCAAAUUUUAAAUGUACUACGAUGAUUAUUCUCUCUCAAACCUUAUGUGAAAAUGUUUCGCAUACUCCUAGUCUUAUGAUAUUUUUACGUAUUUCACGACUUAAAUAGACUAGAACAGAAAUUGUCGCUAAUUUGACAUCCACGAGUUAUUUUGAGUGUCACAUUGGUGAAAGUAGGGAUGGCCUCGGUUCGGUUCCCAUCAGGCUUUUUUUGGAGAAGUGAGACUCGGAAACCGGCCCGGGUAGCUCCGGUUCCGGGUCGGGCCGGUUCACCCGGCGGUUAGAGGGCCGGGCCGUGUAUCCUAUUUUUUUAUUUCUAAUUACUUCCUAUCCCUAAUCCCCCCACACCCAAACCCCUCCAAAACACCCAACCCAAGUACCCAACCCAUUUACCUUUUAAAAAAUGUGAAUAAACAAUGAACCGAACCGGGCCUGAACUGGCUGGGCCGGUUCGUGAUUUGGGAGGCCCGUGAACCGACCCUCUACAGUGCCAGGCCGGUUGACCCGAACCGUGGACCAGGCCUGUGGCCGGAACGGUGCCGGUUCGGGCCAGUUCCAGUUUGGUUCACCCGGCCCGAGUCCAUCCCUAGGUGAAAGGCAAUGAGCUCAAUAUCCAUUGUAGAAAUUGUAUGUGCUAAUAUUUUUUAUACCAAUUGGCUAUGGACAGAUGAGGUUCUAGGCUGGUUGUGGUUAGGGAUGGAUGGGCCUACCCGGCCCGCUAUUGUCCAGCCCCGGCUUGGUUGACCGGGAUCUGACCUGAUUGAAGAAGAGGUACACAUUGGGCUUUGAUUUUAGUGGAUCGGCCUGGUCAGUCAGGGUAUAAUGGUAAAAAAAAGGUGGUUUGAAUUUUUUGGGCCUGGACCGAAGCUCGAUCGGGUAGUCUGGCCUGACCCGGUAUCGGUAGGAACCCGUGCCGGUAUGGGGCCUGAUAUUCGUGGACCCAGAGCCUGCCUAGUCCCUGUCCGAAGCCCAACCCAGGCCCGUCCAGUCCACCCCUAGUUCUAGUUCUGGUCCUAGAGUGGAAUUAUGGGACCUGAGACCAGAACUGGUCCUAGCACCACAUGAACUUGUUUAUCUCUAUUAUCAUCCUCUGCAUUGCCUUAUCAGCCAAUCUGCCAAUGUGUUACUCUCAGUAAAAGUAGGAAGAAUUAUGGAUAGCAAGACCUCCCUCAUCCCCUUGGUGGGAAAAGUGUCAGUGUAUAUUCAGCUUCUAUCAUGCAGGUCCACUCUUACUUGGAACAUGUUACUUCAAUCGAAGGACAAUAAGAAGCAUAGUUGAAUUGACUUUAAACUCUAAUGCUUUUAUUAUGCAAACUUUUGGCACAAUGGAGGAGGAAGACUAUGUUUGGGAGUUUGGAGAGAAGGGAGGAAGACUUUGGAGUUUUGCAGGAGAGAGGAAGUUUUGGAGGAUAAAGAAUACCCUGACGGAACCGAUCCAAUUACACUACUCCGUAUAUUAUAACGGAACUAGAAGUGUAUUUAGUAGGGCCGGUCUUGAUCUCUACCUUUGUUACAGUUGUGUGACGAAUCGGGUCCACCCUGUAAUAACAAAUUAAAUAGAAAAACUCACACAUAAUAUUACAAAGGGAAAAAUAAUAAAAAUAUCCUAAACUUUGAAGGGUGUGAGGUAAACACCCUAAACUUUCAUAUGUAAUUUAAAAAUCCUAAACUUUAUAUAAAAAGUUAUUUUAGUACCAUAGUCAUAUAUUACUUUUUUCAAAAAUGUAAAUUUAUAUUGUUAAUUGCAUAAUUUAGAACAAAAAAUUAAAAACGUUCCAAUUAUAUAGAGUGGGGGUAAUAUUACUUAUUUUGCAAUGGAAUAUUAGAAUGUUAAUUAUAUCUUCAUGAAUGCCAAAAUGUUUUAAAUUAUGAAAUUAACACAAAAAUUAACAUUUUUGAUGCUUACCUCACACCCCUUCAAAGUUUGUGGUAUUUUAAUUAUUUUUUAUCCAAUUAUAAAUGGAAUUAAAAUGAAAUUCCAAUAAUAGUUAGGGAAAGUAUGUAUCUCCCAUUCAUUGUCUUGCUCUUUCCAUUUCCCAAGUUGCAUCUCCUAAAACUUUCCUCUACUUCCCCUCAAAACCUUGACCCCCCUUUUCCACUCCUAUUUCCCUUCAAAAUCUUCCUCUCCUCUUACCACCAAACUAAAUAUCAUUAUGCAGAUGAUAAAAAUCUUUAGUGUUCCCUGUAAUUAUGUUACAUUGUUACUAGUCAUACAAUUGUUUUAUACUAGACAUAAUUUUAUUUAGAUAUUAAUCACAUUUUAAGUAGUUUUUUAAUACUAGCCACAUUUUAUCUAGUUACAUAUUUUUGAAUAUUGGGAUGUUUAUACACGAACUAAAUUAAGCCCAAACCAGACCAGAAUAGAAGAAAACGGAUUGAAACUGAUCAGAUCUGACCAUGUCAGACUUAAACAGAUUAUACCAAAGUUCAAUAAUUAUAAAAUACACAGAGACCAGACAUUUAUGAGAUCAGUUCAGACAAGUUCGGACCAGACCAGACUUAAAUAUACCAGAUCAGAUCAAAUCAAAUCAGACUAUGCGGAACUGGCGAAAAAUGGAUGAUACCACGAUCUUGACAAGUGUUUGGUCAUUAAAGGAGUGAUGAAGUAUUUUGAUAUUGGUAAAACAUUAAUUAAUAAAGUACUGUAUUAAGAUGUUAAAUUACUCGUCUUAUCAAGUUGAGCUUAAAUAUGAAACCAUGAAUCUUGACAUGAUAUCAGAGCAAAAUAGAUCAGAAAUUAUAGUAUGGGCCCCUAUGAAAAAUGUCAACGAUUAUGAAAUUAUUGCAAUGAUUAUGACAAACUCGUGAAAAAAAAUGAAAGAUGACACAAUCCAUGUUUUAUGUUUUAUACAACAUAAAGUAGUAACGCCGUCAUGAAUGACGGGGUGGAUAAUGACGUCAGCAGAGGGUAAUAACGUGGGUGGAAACGAAAGUAAUGUUGGAGGAAAGUGUAGUGAUUUUGAUCGAAGUGCACUAAUGUUAAGUAGCAAGUUUGACGGGAAGUGUAUUAUAUUUAAUUGAAUCAGUUUAUAUUGAACUUUUUUAAUAGGGCGAAGUUUGCAUCGAAGCUCUAAUCACGAAUUGGAUGAAAAAUCUAUGCACGCCAACAAAUUGACCAAUGAAGUUAGAAGAGGAACAUCCGAACUAGAUUACUAGAGCCGUCAGGUGGUGCGCCGGUAAAAGACAUGUCUUUCCGUUUUCAGUUUUUUUGUGAAUAGCUUUUGAGUUUGCAAGUUCUCACUUUUGAGAAUUGAGAUUGUAAAGUAAGAGAGUUUGUGGGCCCAUUUUGAAUUUGUUUUGGACAAUGAAAAACUCUUGUGUUGUUUUAAUCGAAGAUAAAUAUAAAUUGUUCCAGGAUUGAUUUGAGAUCAUAUUGCUGGACUCAUACAUUUAGAAAAUUAAGUUUUGAACUUAUCUUUGACUAUUCAAACGAGCUGAG